AUGUCGGCCCUCCGGUCAACCGCCCAAAGAAUUACUCAAAAGCUUCCCAACGAUAUAGUAAUUCUCUCCGCCGUCCGCAGCCCUGUGACCCGCGCUUUCAAGGGCGGUCUUCGCAAUGCCUGGCCAGAAGACAUCCUCGGACCUGUAAUGCAAACGGCCGUCCAACGAGCCCAAAUCAACCCAGCGGACGUGAAUGAUGUCCUCAUCGGGACGGUGCUCCCAGAGCUCGGCUUCGCAAAAACAGGACGGAUGUGCCUGAAUCAUGUAGGGUUUCCGAACUCCACCACGUUCCAUACAGUGAACAGACAAUGUUCCAGUAGUUUACAAGCCAUCACGCAUCUCUCACAUGCGAUCAUGGUGGGACAAAUGGAUGUUGGGUUGGCGGGCGGCGCGGAGAGCAUGUCGAGGAAUUACAAGGCCACGCGAGGUGUCCCCCAGGAUGUGUCGCCGCGGUUGAGAGAUUCACCUGUGCAAGAUGCGAGAGAUUGUCUAAUGUCAAUGGGGAUUACGUCGGAAAAUGUGGCGGAGAAGUAUGGGGUCAGCAGGGAAGCGCAGGAUGAGUUUGCGCUUGAGAGUCAUCGGAGAGCUGAGGAGGCACAGAGGAAGGGCUACUUUGAGAGUGAGAUUGUGCCCAUCGAGGUUGAGAAUAAGGACGAAGCGACAGGCGGGGUCUCAAAGGAUAUAGUCACAAGAGAUGAUGGGAUCAGAGUUGGGUUAACGUUGGAGAAGUUGGCAUCGCUGAAGCCAGCGUUUAAGGAGAAUGGUGGAAGCACUGCCGGGAACUCUUCUCAAGUGUCUGACGGCGCCUCCUCAACCAUCCUCGCCCGCCGCUCGUGGGCCGAAGCCCGCGGCCUCAAACCCCUCGGCCGCUUUGUCGGCACGCAGGUAGCCGGAUGUUUGCCUUCAGAAAUGGGCAUCUCGCCCAUCUACGCAAUCCCGGCGCUAUUUAAACAAACCGGCUUCGAGAUAUCGGAUGUGGACAUCCUCGAGCUGAAUGAGGCAUUUGCAAGCCAGGCCAUCUACUGUAUCCAAAAGCUUGGGUUCGAUAUGGCAAAGGUGAACCCAAAAGGGGGUGCAAUAGCCCUUGGGCAUCCUACUGGCGCGACGGGCGCAAGACAAUUGGCCACGUUGUUGGCGGAGCUGGAAAGGACGGAUAAGGAGGUGGGUGUAGUCAGUAUGUGUGCCAGUACGGGGAUGGGGGUAGCUUCGCUGUUUGUUCGAGAGUGA